AAUAUGGAUCCGAUAUGAACAGUAGGCAUUUGCAGCAUUUUCAUACAAAUCAACCCAUAGAUACCAAUUUGGACGAUGUUGGUAUGCAGCAGGCCAAUCAUAGUUUACCAACUACUAUUUGAGGCUUCUGGUUAAAAAAUCUACCGUUUCCGUCCAAACCAAUUAGUGACUGUUGAAAUAAAUUAUAGUUGCAUGUCGCGGCAUCCGUAUUCGUUCCGGAGUUUUUAUUUUUACACAAUUUUUAUUUCGAAUAUAUACGCAAUAACCGAGAAAAAAGGAAGAAAGAAGCUGAGUCAAGUUUAGUCGGAAUGCAUUCGGGUUCCGUGCCUGAUACCGUACAGGUUGCGGUUCGCAUCAGGCCUCUGUCAACGCAGGAGUUGGCCGGGGGCCACCACAACGUGAUCAUUCAACCAAAUCCGGCAGAACCAAAGCUGAUUGCGCGCGGUGCAGAAGAGUUUACCUUUACCGAAGUUUACGGUCCGACAGUGUCACAGGCGGAAGUGUACGAUCGAUCAGUACGGGGUGUAGUGCUUAAACUGCUCCAAGGUUUUAACGUGUCCAUACUGGCGUACGGGCAAACGGGUUCGGGUAAAACGUACACCAUCGGAACAUCGUUCGAUGGCCGUAUAACAAACCAGACUGGCAUAUUGCCCCGUGCCCUGCUGGAUAUCUUCGAUGCGGUGAAUGCACCUCCGGAUGGUGACGGUCCAAGUGCAAGUUAUCGCGUAUUUUGUUCCUUUAUGGAGCUCUAUCAAGAGCACGUGUAUGAUCUACUGUCGCAUCGGAACCGAUACGAACGACUGUUGUGCAUUAGGGAAGAUGCCGAGGGUGUGAUCGUACCCGGCCUAACCGAACUAGCUGUCUCGAGUGCGGAGGAAACGUUUCGGUGGCUAAUGCACGGAGCCAACAGUCGAGCGACGGCACCUACCCGUAUGAACAAGGAAUCGAACCGAAGUCACACCAUCUUUACGAUUAUCAUCCGUUCACGGCAAAAAACAAACGUAACGAACGCUGAACACGUUGCGAUCUCGAAGCUACAUUUUGUCGAUCUUGCUGGAUCGGAACGGGCAAAGAAAUCACGUGCGAGCGGUGAUCGGUUGCGGGAAAGUAUCCAAAUUAACAAAGGCUUACUGGCACUCGGGAACGUCAUUUCCGCGUUGGCAUCUUCGAGUGGAACGUCUCCGACAAAGUCGGCUCGUGCAACGUUUGUAUCGUACCGUGAUUCGAAGCUGACACGUCUAUUACAGAACUCACUCGGUGGAAAUUCGAUCACACUCAUGCUGGCCUGUAUUUCACCGGCGGAUUACAACAUCGAGGAAACGAUCAGCACUUUGCGGUAUGCAGAGCGAGCAUUAUCCAUACGGAACAAACCGGCCAGAACACCACCGGCAGCGAUGAGCCAAUCGGGCAGUAUGGCCGAGGUAGAACGACUGUCAAAAACGGUCUCUGAGCUACGUACCGAAAAUGACCAACUAAGGCGCCGCAUUGCUGCCGAACUGAAGCCAGCGAUUGAGGCUGGGUUGGCUGGUGGCAAAAAUGGUAGACAUCUUGCCACCCAGAACCGAUUACUGCACGGGCAGCUACAAUCAUCGAUCGAAGAAUCGACCCGUAACGAACUUCGAGCGUCGAUCGCUGAGAAUGCGCUCGGUAGACUGGAACCGCUGGUGUUACAAGAGUUGCGCGCGGAGUAUGCUGAUGUUACGGCUACAGCCCUACUGUCCGGCGAUGAGCUGCGGAUUAAAUGUGAAGAAAUACUUUUACGAUAUCGUACCGAGUACGAAGCGCUCCGGCAGCGACCAACGGCACAACACAGAAGCACCUUAGAUUAGUAGCUCGUGUCUUAGCACUAUGUGUAAAAUGGCCGCAGAAAGUUUUAACCGCCAACUCGCGCUUUCUUAUCUCGUUUAUUAAAAAAAAAUGGCAUUUCCUUUUCUUUCUUCUCUGUACUCACUUGAAUACGGCUUUAUUAGUUUCUUUUGCUUCUGUUUCCCGCUCGCUGGCUGGUUGUUACCUUCGCUACAAACAAUUUGAAAAUACGUACAGUUCACUCACUCAUUGCGCCUAUUGAAAUAAACCGCUGUUGUAGUAUUAAUUCUACCAUUUCGUAAGCUGAAUGGGCAACGGAAAGGAAAAUAAGUAUACAAAUGAAAUGCGUUUGACUACUGCAAACAUUACCGCUACUAGUUGUUACUGUUACCCAGCAAUGUACAGCAGCGUAUGCACUAAUUUAAAUGGCCUCUGUUUGGCCAUUAACACUCACGCUAAUUAUUGCUCGUGUGUCACACGAGUGCACUAUACUCUUCGCCAUUUGUUACGUUUCACUGACUAGACGUGUUAACUUACGAUUUGUUGAGUUGAGUUUUGUUUCUCCUUUUGCACGUUUUAUGCAUUAGUUCCGUUUCUAAAUCUUUCCCUUUGUUUGCGUUUG